CACCAGAAAUCUCGCUGCAACCAGCAAGACACACGAGCCAACGCACCAGCAUGAACUCCCGCGCCAUCAUCGCCCUGCUCGCCUGCGGCCUCCUGGCCACCACGGAGUCCACCAUCAUCUUGGCCGCGGGGACGACGGCAGCAACCGCCGCGGCCGCAGGGUUGGCCUACCUCGGCCUCGGCGCCCUGGCCGUGAUCAAAGGCGCUAUCAUCGGCAACGCCAUCGCCAGGGGCAAGAGGGACGUCACCUCGCAGGAGGAGGAUCAGGCCGUUGAGGUAGCCUUGGAUGUGGCCCAGCAGAUCGACUCAGCUGGCUGCGUGGCCAAGCUGCUGUGUGAGCUCGAAUCCUUGCCCGCAGACCAGCUGUCCCCCGCCAUGGCCGCCCUCAAGGCCGCCUUCGGCAACCCCGAGAGCGCCGAGUUCCUGAAGCUGAAGACCUCCCGCGGCGUCUACGCCUUGGCUGCCUCCGUCGGCGCCAAGGUGGCCAAGAACGACCCGAAGGCGUGCGAGCGCGUCUUCGAAACCUGUCCUCUUCCCAGAGACGAGCUCUUCUUCAUGCUGGAGACCGUCCUUGCUUGCUGAAGACUUUGGUGACAAGGGUUCUCUGCUUCCGGUGCAUCAGCAGUUGAGUUGGAGGUUAGCUGCCAGGAGCCCUGGCUGGAACCUCUCCAGACUCGCUUACUUGUGUGUUUCUGGUCGAUGCCUCCAUUCACGUUUUUAGAUGAAUUGAUUUUUUAAAGUUCUGUGUAAUUCGUAGUUUCAAAAUAUAAAUGAAUCUUCCUUGGAGAAAUAAAGGAUAAAAUUACA